GUAGGCGUAGCUACGGUAUACGCUCAACAUUACAUAACCAGCCUGAACUUCUAUAAAUUAGAGAGAGGAACUGAGGGGAACGCAUUUGAAGCUUGGACCUGAAUGUGUGCAGAAGGCUCAGGAUGGACAAAGGUUGCUGGAGAGUGGCCCUGACGUUGGCCCUGGUGCUGCUGGUCAGCGCAUACACAGGAGCAUCAUUAUCCUGGAGCAUGGUGGACUUCAUAGAGGCCGUAAAGCGGGUGGAAGAUGCGUACCCUGGAUCAGAGCCAGUAGCUGUGCUGAAGAGGCUGCGCGGGGCAGCAGACCUCAACGAUGCCUUCAUUAGGCACUUCCUUGGAAAUGCCAAGGUCCGUGUAACUAAACUGGAGGCUAAUCUCACGGAUUAUAUUAUCAACGCUGUGCCUCACGGAGUGACAGAAAACGGCCAAGAAGAAGGCGUGGUUCUCACUCCUGAUGGCACCACCGUCGCCCUCAGACCAGUUCUCCUCGGCAUCGAGGCCGGUCUUCUGUCCAAGACUGCAGGGCGUGCCCGAGGCCUGUACCAGCUCACCCUGGCCAAAGAUCUCAGCCAUUCCUUCAGGCAGUGCUCUCCUCUCUCUAGGCGCCUCGGACCAGAUGGCUGCUGGGACAGCGUAGCCUUUCCCCAAUUCUUCACCCUCUCCGACAGGCCCUCUCUGCUCACCACUGCUCAGGUCAACGGAGGCAUGGACGGUGUGGUACUGGGCAUGGAGGUUUCUCACGAAUCCAGACGUCCUGUCAAGCUGAGCAGCCUGCUGACAGAGUACUACUGCCAUCAGCUGGAGAGCAACGGACUGGACGCUGCACCUCGCCUCGUCAGCCGGCGCCGCAGGGAGAACUUCAGAGGGCUCGUUGCCCCUCCGGUGCUGGUCAGGCAGGGGGUGAAAUCUGCUGAGCUAGAGCGGAAACUGAAAGGACAGUCGGAGAUGGCGGCAAAGGAGAAGAGGCGGCUGGGAACUGCGAUGAGGGAAGGAAUGAAAGAGUUUGUCCAUAAGUACAUGGACUGUCCUCCCAUCAUUCCUCGCUGCAUGUGGGGCGCAGAGCCGUACAGGGGAACGCCCACCAACCUGACUCUGCCUCUGUCCUUCAUGUACAUCCAUCACACUCACACACCAGGCCAGCCCUGCGUCACCUUCCACCAAUGCUCCGCAGACAUGCGCUCCAUGCAGCGCUUCCACCAAGACGACAGAGGCUGGGACGACAUUGGAUACAGUUUUGUCGCAGGCUCCGACGGGUACAUCUACGAGGGACGAGGAUGGCACUGGAGAGGAGCCCACACCCUCGGACACAACUCCAAAGGCUUCGGAGUUUCCUUCAUCGGAAGCUACAUCACCAGUCUACCCUCUCAACACGCCAUGGGGUUGGUGAGAGAUCAACUGGCGUCCUGCGCUGUCGAUGGAGGACGACUAGAUGCUACAUUCACCGUGCAGGGUCACAGACAGGUGGUGAACACUUCCUGUCCCGGAGAAGCCCUGUACAAGGAAAUAAAAAGCUGGGAACGCUUUGGGGAGGUCCAGAAGUCAUGAAGAAGUUGUGAGGAUUUAUCUUCUUGGAAGGAGGAAGAAAGUAAAUUUUUUUCUUGUUCUUUUUGGCUUGUUGCUAACAUUGUAACACUUUGACGUCAGUCCUGUGUUUUUAUACUUGAACAGUACUUGCGUGCUACAUUUGGUUUUGUUAUUCCACUACUUUUACACAAAGGAUACCUGCAGUAGGAUCAAACUUAAUCACGAUACGUGAAAGUACAAAGAGAUUCACUUUUCCAACUGAUCUAUAAAACAAGACCAUGUACCUGUUAAUGAUAUACGCUUGAAUGAGAUCACCAGGAAAAGUCAUGUUUUCACUCCCAGACAUACCAACAGCUGUGAUGUUCUUUGGUCAAAACUAACUAUGCCUUUGGAAUGAGCUAUAUAAAUUCUGUAUAAAUAAAUAAUAGUAGGAUAUGUAAGCUAGUUAAGUUACAAACUAUAUAAAUUCUGUAUGUAUACAGUAUGAAUAUAUAUUAGUAACACAGUCAGGAUUUGUCAAACACUCAUCUUUCAUCCCUGCUCAUUAAAUAAACUGUUGAAACAG